CUCUCCCAUUAUUGUCAGUAUAAAUUUGACUUGUGAGUUAGUUAAACUGAUGCGAAAAUUUUCAGGAAAUCAUAUUUUGUUGGUAAAACGAAUAUUUACUUCACAUGACAAAGUGUUACAUAAUUUUGGCUUCUUGUUUGAGUCUUUUUGUCAUCUGCACAGAAGCAAGAACAAAGGAUUACGAUAAAAAUUUAGGAAAGAAUGCAGUUACACGACUGUGUGGUAUGGACGGCGAGUUUUGCAUGGAUGAUAUCAACUGUUGCGAAGAAUACCAGUGCAAUUCCAACAUGGAAUGUAAACCUAGGUCAACUGGAGACGACAUUGAAAAAUCAAUUUCAAUGGGAUGCGUGACUGAUAUUGACUGUCCACAUGGACUGUGCUGUGUAGGCAAACUAUAUGCACGAAAAUGCAGCCGUGAUUGCUUUAGAAUUCCUGAAAUAACACAUACUCCAGCUGGAGGAUAUUAUGGUCAACGAUUUUGGAAUAUAUGGGCCCACAAGCGUCAGUUGGAUCGUCAUCACUAUUAACAGAUCACAGGAUAAUUCUAAAAAUAGAAAAUGUUCGUUCAUUCAUUAUCUAACUUCACUGACUUCCAUUCAUAAUACAUCUUCAAACAUGGUUGUGACAAACAUAAAAGGUUGUUAUAUAACCGGUUGUGAUUAUACAUUAUUUGUAUUUUGUUUUGAAGGCAAAAAAUUAAUUUAUUGUCCAAAAAUUGGCUGAUGGUAUUGAUAUAAAUAUAAUUAAAACAUUCUUAUUUUA